GAGCUGUACAAGCUGCGUGCGCAGGUGGAGGAGGAGCUGGAGAUGCUGAAGGACAAGAUGGCGCAGGCCCUGGAGAUGUUUGGCCCCACCGAGGACGCGUUGAACCAGGCCGGCAUCGAGUUCGUCCACCCUGCCGAGGAGGUGGAGGACGGCAACUUGACGCGGCGCAGCAAGAUGGUCGAGUACCGCGCCCAUCUGGCGAAGCAGGAGGAGGUGAAGAUUGCGGCGGAGCGCGAGGAGCUGAAGCGCUCCAAGACGCUGCAGAGCCAGCAGUACCGUGGCAAGACGGUGCAGCAGAUCACGCAGUGA